AAACAAACAACAUAAACAACAUGCCGUUCCAAUCCUCAGAGAAAACGCGUCAAAACAGAAAUUCACGUCUGAUAAAAAUCGUUAAUGGCCGUAUAGUUCGUAAUCAUACGAUUAUUAAUGAUGAUGUACUUUAUAUACACGAUGGAAAAAUUAUCGAUCCGCAAAAUCAUUUUUUUGCGUGUGGAAAUCCGCCCGAUGUCUUGAUUAAUGCAAAAGGAUUAUUGAUCGCUCCAGGUUACAUCGAUGUUCAAAUUAAUGGUGCAUUCGGGGUUGAUUUUUCUGUCUGGAAAGGCGAUAAACAAAUGAAGGAAGGAUUGGAUAAAAUUGCAAAGGGCUUAGUAAAAUAUGGAUGUACAAGUUUCGUUCCUACAAUCGUUAGUUCACAUAAAGAAGUUUAUCAUCAGGUACUACCAACACUAAAACCACGUAAAGGGAAUAAAGAUAAUGGCGCAGAAGUUUUGGGCGUACAUGUUGAGGGACCUUUUAUUACAUCAAGUCAACUCGGCGCUCAUGAAGAAUCUUGUCUUCGUGCAGCACCAAAUGGCAUUAAUGAUUUUGUUGAUAUAUAUGGAUUACAUGAAUUGAAAGACAAUCCAAUAAAAAUUAUAACUGUGGCUCCUGACGUUGAGGGUGUAUUAGACAGUUUGGAAGAGUUGGUUAAUUUUGGUAUAACUGUCAGCAUAGGUCAUUCGUCCGCGACCGUAUUUCAAGCUGAGUCAGCAAUUGAAAAGGGGGCCAAAUGUAUCACGCAUUUGUUUAAUGCUAUGCAACAGUUUCAUCAUCGCGAUCCUGGGAUAGUCGGCCUUUUGGGAACCACGCGUAUAACGAGACCAUUUUAUGGUAUUAUUUGUGAUGGCAUUCAUGUUCAUCCAAAUUCAAUAAAGAUCGCCUACGAUUCAAAUCCGAAAGGUGCAAUUUUAGUUACAGAUGCAAUGGCAGCGUUAGGUCUUCCUCCCGGAGAGUAUACUUUAGGUGGAAUAUCAGUACGUAAAAGUGGUAAUGAAAAAGUUGAAGUGGUUGAAAAUGGUAAAUUAGCGGGAUCUGUGAUUUCUAUCGAUGCUUGCGUCAAAAACUUUAAAAAGUUUACCGGGUGCAGUGUAAUUGAAGCAAUUGAAGCGGCCACUUUGCAUCCGGCUGAACUUCUAGGUAUUCAAAAUUUUAAAGGCACUCUUAACGUAGGAGCAGAUGCUGAUUUCGUCUUCUUGGAUGACGAUCUCAAUGUUGUAAAGUGUUUUAUCGCAGGAGAAGAAAUUAGUACAUCUUAGUAAAUGAACGUAGAUUUAGCGCAUUUGCUUAAGAAUUAAUAAAUAACUCAUCUCGAUUUCUUGUAAGUUUGUCUCAUUAAAAAAAAGUAUUUAUUGUGUUGUAUAAAGUGGAUUAAUAAAAGGAAAAACAAAGUCUAUAUAAUAUCAAAAAUUAUGAUUAUGUAAUCAUAUCGUCAAAGAAAUAAAUUACAAGACGAAGUUUACUGAACUGUGCUAAUUACAAUAAAUAUUUUAAAAGGUUUAAAAGUACUAUAUACUUUGUAUAUUUAACAGUAACUAUGAAUGCAGUCUUGUACCCAAAAAAAAAUUGAUUUUUUUUUUUUAAAAAAAAAAAUAAU